AUGGAUUGGACAGGUCUCGAUGCAGCUAUUCUUCAACAGCGCCGCAAAUUUACUCGACCCAACCUCUGCUUGCUGCUCUACCCUAUCGAGCUGAAAACGAAACCGCGUCGCAACAAUGCCAUCUCUCUCGCAACUCCACGCUCCGUUCCCUGCUCCGUUGUAUCCCUGUGUGUGUGUGUGUCUUGCCUGUGCGCUGCUGCUCCUCACCACGCCCGAAAAAGGAGAAAGAACCCGCCCAUUAAGUAA